AUGAGCAACCCGGACGUACAACAUUUGACGGCUCAAAUGUCGUCGCACAAUCCUUUCCGCUCUCCGGCCGUCUCCGCCCAGAAUACUGGCAUCUCCGUGCAAACCACCGGCUCAAAUAAUCCAUUCCUAUCUCCUCUCGAACACGGGCAUCAACCUCUCAACCUCACCCAAUCCAUGAAUAACCUCACGGCUCACUCUCAGGCAUCCGAGAACAACGCUGAGUUCCCGCGACCUUGGGACGACGGGGCUUCAGACGACGAUUCAGACGACGACGCUCAUCCCGAGCCUACUCCGGCGUUGGACUCAGGGUCUCCAUCUCAAUCGAGAUCUCCAACUGGACCACCGCCAUUGCCAGCCCGUACAAAUACAACUGGCUCACAACCCGCUACAUCGCCUACAAGUUCGAGCGCUCCACCUCUACCCGCUCGCCGCGAGAGUGCAGCCCAACAGUCUGAAUACGCACCACCUCCUGGCCCUCCGCCUAACCGGACCGCGUACGCGCCACCACCCGGUCCGCCUCCUGGCCGCACAGCAGCUAUAAAUCAGCCUGCGCGACAGGACAGCUUAGGACCGCCUCCGGGAUCGCCGCCUUCUGGCCCGCAGAUUGUCCUGCCGCCCGAGUUACAGAAUGUACCGCAUGCGCCUGACGAUCUCCCACCGUCUUACACAUCCACCGCAAAUACGCGCGCCGGCGAGGAAACGAUUGAUCUUGGGCCGCGAAGACCGUUUCAGCGCGCACCACCACAGCCCGCAUCGACCGCUCUCUCAGCUUCGCAGUCAUCCGUUUCGCUCAAUACACAGCCGACCUGGAAUCAACCGUCAAGGCAGAAUGAGAACGAAGCACGGCGCGCGCGUCCACAUGUCGGCCCGUCCAUCGACACCCAGCUUGGUACCAAUCGACCAAGUUGGCAACCCACACUUGACGUGCCGGCGCCGGCUCGACCACGGAGCGCGUCUACAUCCGCUACAUCGCCAGCUCGGGAGAACCUGAGCGACUUUGCUCGAGACUUUUACGCGGCAGGCGCUGGUCGUCCUUCGACUGGCAGCGGAGAAGGUAGCUCUCAACCUCGAUACGCUCCGCCACCAGGCCCACCACCUGCACGCGCGCCUACGAGCGCGAACGCGAGUAGCUCUGGAAGAGGAGGGGCGAGCGGGAGCGGCGCUGGAAGUGCUGGUCGAGGAGGAGGAGCGUCGGGCGGUGGACGAGGUGGGAGGUCGGGUGGCAGUGGUGGACAGAACGUGCGCGCCACGGCUGAGGCGACGCCAACCACAACACCGACGCCUGGAAGGCCGUUGCUGAACUCGGGACACACACUGGAGUAUCCGGAGGGCUACGUUUGUGAUAGAUGUCGUAACACUGGUUAUAGGAACUACGACCCAUCUCACCCCUGUAAGCGCUGCUGGCGUCGGUAUUCCAAGGUCUUCUCGCAGCUUCUCGCAUUAGCACCAUGGGGUCAAGCUGGAAGUCGAUACCAACGGCCCCUUCCAAACUUCACCUCUCCACGCGGAACUCCAGCUAUUGCACCACCAUCCCGCGCUCCUACUUCCGCCAGCACGAGCAGCAGCAGCUCACCACGCCCAGGAAAUCCCGAGCAUCGGCGCGCAGUAUCGACUUCGGCAUCAUCGCGUUCGCCAGCACCUCCUUCGCCAGGCGGAGGCCUCUCUCGCGUCGUCACGCUGGCACCAGGUGCACGGGCACCUCCAGGGACUAUGACCAUGCGCGCCGGCGAUCCGCGGCUAGGAGGACGGCUGUGUUGGCGCUGCCACGGGCGCGGUUGGCAUUCGUUCAUGAUCUUCGACGAGGUUACGUGCGAAGAGUGCGGCGGCCUUGGACGGACGAAUACUGCCGGUAUGCGAGUGGCAAGCGGCGGUUCCAGAUGGUAG